UUUGAUCUAUUUUUCUUAAAUAUGUGUACGAUUCGCUUUCGAUGGAUUGCUAAGAAACAGAAAAUUACGAUACGUAUGGCUAGAUCGAUACUUUUAAUUUUCUGUUAAAGUAUUGUCUUCUUACUUUGACCAUAGCAACCAAUACUUUCAAACGCCUAGCAACGGGAAUAAAGUCAGCUUUCUCCAACGGACUAGUCUCGAAGCAGAGCAUGCGCAAUACAACUCCUUGCGCUUGCCUCAUGCAUCCGCUGUUUAAUAUCACGCAAAUGAAAAAGUAGCAUAUUCGCGAUUCUGCUGCUAAGCUAUCUUGGCAGAUUCAUUUAAAAAAGGAAUACCUGUUAAAAUUAACAUUGGAGCACUUGGAUGAUAAGUAUUUAAGUCGUUUUUAUCGCAGGCAUCAAAUCUAAUCGGUAUUCAUUAUGUCCAUUAGGACUAGCGCUUUCAGAACUCCAGGUUUCCCGCAUUCAAAGUUUCUUCAGCAUUCACCACUAGACUGGAAGUUCAAUAACACUUUUCAGUACAACCUUGCUGACGGAAACUGUUCCAAGUCUGAAGCCGUCGUAGCAGAAAGUGAAAGACUGUGCAAAGAAACAACUCAGCGCACCGAGAAACAUAAAUCCCAAGUUGAAAGAAAGUUUGAUCAGCGGAUUGCAGAUGUCGAUUAUUGGCGCAAUGAAGGGGAUAAAGUCAUCAUCAAGCUUCAGGAGUGGUUGGACAACUUUACACACUUGAAAACUAGGUUAAAAAAGGCAGCAGAAAGUUGCAGAGAUCCAAUUUCUACCUGUAAAAAGGCCAUGAUGGAAAGGGAUAAGCGGCUUGGAGUGGAUAUGGUACAAGACAAACCGCAACUAGAAAUCCAGAAAUAUCUCACAUACUUAGAGGAAAUUGUACCAAUCUUUGAGAAAACCAUCCAGGAAAUCGAAGAUCAAAUGAUCUGCGACCGAGCAGCAAAGCAAAGACUUCUAAGAGAUGUAACAGACAAACAAGCAGCAAUUGAAAUCGACACCCAUGCCUCAAACUGUAGGCCAGAGAAUUCAGCUUCUAGAAGUUUUAAGUUUGAUCCAAGUCUAAUGAAUCCAGAGAAAGCGGCGUUGACAUUAGCCGAAUGGGAACGUUCAACAAGGCAUAACAUUGAAAAAGCUGAGCAAAUGAUUAAGAUUUCAAGCGAAUUCGUUCCAAGAGUGGAAGAAAUGUUAGAACAAACAUACCGCGACCUCAUCGGACAAAGACAAGCCGUCAUACAUGCCCUGACUGAUCGCAUCAAAGAGCUAUCGAAUGCUCAGAAAAGUCUAGAAGAGAGGCUGUCGCGUGUUCAGAAACAAAUCCUUGAUGUCGAAGACACUUUGUUGAAACUGGAUCAGGCGAUGGACCAAAAGCUACCUGCAUUGGAACUGGCCGCUAACAGAAUGGAAGAACGCAGACAAAGACCGCGAUAUGAGCUAUGUCGAGACAUGGUGGAUUUCGAGCUCGAAGAGGAAGUCAGAAAUUUGAGCCUGUCUCUACAUCAGCUGAGAGACCAGGGUAAAGAAGCUAAAGAAAUGCUGAGAAAGUUAGAACAAACAAGACUGGCCCUCCAGAAAGACAUAGAAGUCAAGAAAAACAGCAUUCACAUUGAUCAAGAAAAAUGUCUAAAUGCAUUUACAAACGUAUCUCAUAUACGUCACUGAAGCGUCAGGAAAUAAUUCUAGUAUUUAUCAGAUGAGUACAUUUACUUUUAAAGAAAACUUCUUGAUUUACAAAAACGUGCUAUAGCAUAAAAUUAGUUAUAACAAAUUAGUCGUUCACUUAGUGCUAUGUGUCUAUUAAGGUGAAGCACAUGUUUGUUGGUGUUAUGUUAUGUUAAAUGUACCUGUAGAUGUAAACAUAAUAUUUGAUCACUAAAAUUUGACACACUCUGCCACUCUUAUGAUGGUAUUAUUAUUAUUUUUUCUUUUCUAGAUGAUUACACUGAUUUUCCGUGGAAGUAUGAUUUUUAACUGCAAUACAUUUCUAGUUUUCUUUAUUGUUACUAGCUGAGGUUUAUAUAGAAUUUUGCACGUAAGAGAAGUAUAAAGUAU